AUGCGCCCGCCACGGCUCUUACUCCUUAUAUUUUGCUUCAUCUUUCUCCCUAUUCUCCUGACCUUCCUCUCUCUGGUAACUGCCGAGCCUCGUCGCAGCGUUGACGCCGACGCCCCUAUCGCUGGCCGAUCGAACCGAUUACGUGCUCUGUUUUCAUUCAAUGCCCCGACCUCUUUAUUCCCUCCGUCAGCCAUCAUCAGCCUCACUGAUGAUAACUCGACCUUCUUCCUGGCCAGACCUGCAGCGUUUGGUCCGCUACUGCCGACCAAGGGUCUGAGUGGUCCACUUUGGAUCGGCAGAGGAUUUAGUGAAGACACCCUGAGAAGGGGUGCUGGUACUGCCGAAACUGAAGGCGAGCUCGGCUGCUCAGAUGUUCCCGGAUGGGAUCAAGAUGGGCAGUCCAAGCAAGACAAAGGCUUGAAAGAAUCCGCGCUUCUCUCAGGCACCGGCUCUCCGUCAGACCAGACUUCCGUCAAAGACCGCCGGGCCAGUGAUGCGAGUCAUGAUACACCGGAGAAAAGCGCUGGGUUGGUCUCAAACGACGGCACGGAUGAUCACUUACAUCGUCCUCUGGUUCCGAGCCACUUGGAGAAAGAAGGCGACAAACCAACUCCCGCUCACGCCGACAUACAGUCUCUCCAAGAAAGCGCAGAGAUCGCCGGUAAAAUCGUUCUCCUUAGUCGAGGAGGCUGUGGUUUCUUGGAGAAAGUCAUGUGGGUACAACGACGAGGUGGUACCGCAUUAAUCGUUGGGGACGAUACAAAAGGUGGAAGCCUGGUCACAAUGUACGCGCGUGGGGACACCUCGAAUGUUACAAUUCCUGCUAUAUUUACCUCAUACACCACUGCCCAUCUGCUUUCCUCUCUUGUCACAGAGAGGACAGUUCUCGAGAGACAAAGUGAUUUUGUAGCCAAGAUUCCACCGAAAAAACAACAGCAAGACACCGUCGCUACAACGACCUCAAAAUCGACCAGUGCUCCUACGUCUACUAAUCAAGCGAAAGGAUCUCUCAAAACCGGCCCGUCAGGAGGUGGUUUCUUCUCAUCCUUCUUGUCCAAGAUAUGGCUGCGGUCUGACCAGGGGGUGAUUUCAGAGGACAGUCGCCGACCACCUAGCAGUGGAGGCAUUGAUUGGGUUGUGAUUGAGGACUGGGACGAGGAAGAAUAUUCUAAUGAGUCCAAGGGGUCCGGUUCCGCUAAAAAUCGAGCAAAGAAGACUGAAAAAGCGGUGGAAGAUUCUGCGACCCAUCUAGUUGAUGGAGAUGGAUUUGAAAUCGGAGUACAUGACUGGCGGGAUCCAGAUCUUGUAUUGCCCAAAACCACCUCGAAGGCGGGAUCUAAUUCCGCCGAUGAAAAAAGAAAACCAGAAAAGAUCGAUGACAAGGUCGAUAACAGCAAAAAUUCGAACCUUAAAGGUGGUAGCAUCACGCCAGGAAGUGGCGAAUACACAUACGCGAGGAAACCCACCGAAGCUGAGAUUAACAGCAAAAAGGCUUCCAAAAACGGUGGCAAAAGCUCCAAGUCUCAAUUAAAUUCUGUCGAAGAGCGUUGGUGGUUUGCUAGACUUUUUGGAUGGAAUCAUGCGGCCGAUCGAUCAAUGAAAAGUCACCUCCAUUCCCUUAAUAAUGUUAAGGGUUCUACUCUCGGGGAAGAGAGGUUGAUUUUGAAUGACCACGAUGGUCUUUGGGUCACUCUAACCCCAACAACUAUGUCAACCAACCCUUUCUUCGACACACUUUUGGUUCUAGUUGUGAGUCCACUAAUAACACUGACUGUUGUCUACGCUUUGCUUCUCCUACGAUCUCGGAUCCGUCGACGAAGAUGGCGGGCGCCAAAGUCAGUAGUUGAAAGACUUCCAAUUAGGACCUACCACACUAUAACUUCACAAUCCACCACCACCUCAAGCAGCCCUCGGUCACCUAGCCCAGGGUCUGUAGCUUCAUUUACAUCAACAUCUCCUCUACUUAGCUCGGGGCCCUUGGAUACACUCAGCCGCUCGCGACCGCGAUCCCAGACGGUGUCUGGCACAAUUAUAAAAACCGAUACUCUAUCACCUAGCACCGAAAAAAGCAAUGCAAGCUCCAGUCUGUGGAGGCGAAAGUAUAUCGGACGACAAGUUGAAUGCGUAGUCUGCUUAGAGGAGUAUGUCGACGGACAAAGCCAAGUGAUGAGUCUUCCAUGCGGACACGAAUUCCAUGCGGAGUGCAUCACACCAUGGUUAACUACCCGUCGACGCACCUGUCCAAUAUGUAAAGGCGACGUUGUCCGCUCUAUGGCUCAGCGAGACUCUGGUUCCGAAUCCCGUGUGCAAAAUGGAGAACCAUCCGUCGAAACGCGCACUUCUGCUGUACCUAUUCUAGCAAAUACAGUCGACGAUUCAACUUUAGAAGACGGCGAGGGUCCCGACGCCCCUCUACUAUCCGGCAACAAUCUUGCCUCCUCCGCUCCCCAUUCUAGCUGGCGCAACUUUGCGUCUAUGAGUUUCUCUGCUCUCAGCGGGGAUACUAUCUGGCACUCAGCACGGGCGGACCGCAGCAGAUAA